AUGUUGCAUAUUGACACUUUAAUUUCUACCAUAAAAUAUAAACAUGAUGAAAUGGGUUUGUUUUGUAAUUUAAUAUUUUUUUCUACAUUGUUUUAUUUGAUUGGCGGUGCCGAAUCAGAUAUUUCUAUAAAUGCACGUAUAUAUGACAUUUGCUUUAAAGCAUGUGGAAACACUCCGCCUAACGAUGAUGUCACAAAAAAUGACUUCGAUAUAAUAUCAUGCCUUAAUGACUGCAAGUCAAGCAUCGUAAAUUUGGUAAUGAAGAAAAUUUAUGACCCAAAUGAGUCGAUUAGACUGAAGCGAUCUAAUACAAUUCAUGCUUGCAAAAGGUUCAAAAAAAAGUUAAACAAGAUUUCCAAGCCUUUUAAAAAGGCUUUGAGACCAAAGGAAAGGGGUACUACAUUUUCUUGA